AAAUCGCAGGCUCGUUUGGUUAUCAAGUGGGGAGGAGUCGGGGAAAAUUGUUAACCCAACUACCACCCMCUGAGUGAAGACAUUUUGAUCGCGUUAAUUUAUCAAGGGGUUUUGAUUGAUUAGUGCUGCUUGUGAAAGUUUUAGUAUUCCCAAGGAAUUUUAACGAAAUUCUUUCAUUUUCGUUUCUCCAAGAAUACAAAAGAAGCUCUUACUAAGUCCAUGGUAUGUAAUUCAGAUCAAGAAGCUGUUUUUUUUCUCUCAAAUUAGCUGAACCAGUUGGAAAAGAUAGCCGUUCAACAUGGCGGACUUGGUGGAUAUUGGUGCAGGACUUGAAGAAAAACCAAUUAUUUCUGGUAAUUCAAACAAGGAAUUAAGUAUAAAAGAACAAACUACAGACGUAAGAUUAUCUCCAAAUGCAAGACACUCAACUCCAGGUGAUUUUUGUGCCUCUGGGAAGAGAUUUGGUGUAGCUGACUUUGACACGCUUGGCGGGAACGAUCCCACUGAAGUUUUAGAAGAAUUUGAUCCACUUUCCUCGUCACAAGAGRCUCAAAAACCUUCCCAAAACUCUGGAAUAUCUAGUUCUACUUUAGCUGUAAAGGAGGAUAAGAGUUUAUUGAGGCACAGUGCUCCAGGCUUGCUCUAUGUAUCUCAGGAAAAUGAGGGUUGUUYUAGUGGUUUUGGAGCAAGUAAUUUUGUUUUUUCAAGUGCUGAUGAUUUAAAUGAAAACACAGAKCAGAUAAGGGAUUUUGAACACAACCAGUUCGAUGAUGACUUAGAAAGAGCAUCCAAGAAAGAGCUUGAACAGAUGGAUAAGGAAGAAGGCCCACCUAAAAAGCCAAAAACACAAGAUAAAGAAGAUACUCCUAUUUAUCCUUCAUUGUCGCUGAGUAACGAUUUCCAUAAUGUAGCAAGAUAUCGUAUUCUUUCAGUUUCUGGUUCAGAUAAAAGUGGUAGAUUGACAAUAGUAUUCUCUGCUAGUCGGAUUCCAGCUUUACAAUAUAUAGACCAUCAUCAACUGUUUCUUUCCACACUAGUAUUCCAGAAGUACCAAAGACAAAGCAGUUUGGAGUUUCAAUUUCAUGGAUAAAAGAAAAUGAAGGUGAAUUUAUCCCAAGAUGCAUCAGAGUUUCAGUUGAAUUCCUUAGAGAAAAUGGUCUUGAUGUGGAAGGCAUCUUCAGAAGAUCAGCUAACAGUGCACUUGUCAAGAGAGUGGCUGAGAUGUUUGAUCGUGGACAACCAGUUGAGUACAGCGAGUUUGGUGAUGUUCACUGUGCCGCAGCUAUCAUAAAGAAAUUCCUGAGAGAGUUACCAGAACCUCUACUCACAUUUGAACUCUGCGACAUCAUAUGUUCCAUUACAGCUAUAUCAGAUCAUGAUGAAAAACUGAUGAAGGCAUGGAGUGUCCUUCAUGAUCAACUACCUGAAGGAAAUUUCAAGCUGUUAAAGUACAUAAUGGUUUUCUUGAAGGAGGUUCAGGAACAUAAGGUGACCAAAAUGACGGCAAGUAAUCUAGCAAUAGUAUUUGGUCCUAAUCUUGUAUGGGGAAAGGACGAAGCCACAUCACUUGCCGCCAUGGCACAGGUCAACACCUUUACCUGCAUGAUGCUAGCGAAUGUAGACUACCUGUUUGGGGAUGCUGACAGUUAGCUACRACCAAGCCACAUCACUUGCCGCCAUGGCACAGGUCAAUACCUUUGUAGACUACCUKUUUGGGGAUGCCGAUAGUUAGCUACAGGCAAUGGUAAUCCUUAGARAAUGGCAGUCAGAAGAAAGGUAGGGAGAUCUUACGUUUAUAUGCUCUUGUGAAUAGUUUGGGGUGCACAGGUAGCCCAAUAGCCCAAGUAUAUUAUAUUCCUGACACAGGUAGCCCAAGCAUAGAGUUAGUGGUGUUGGGAGAACCUACAUAGCAUUACAUCAGUAAUGUAUGAUGUACAUAAUGUAUUCAAAACGUUGUUUGUAUUCUAUUGUCAUUCUAUCUGUUAGAUUAGGUGUGAUUCAUUGUAUUUUUUGAAUACAAUACAUCAWCUGCUUGCUAACACAGGUAGCCCAGACAUAGAAUUCGACCAUAAAGAUAUAUUAAAGUAGCUUAGUAAGGCAUCUGGUUUCCRUGGAAACGACCAGGAAAAUUUGAUAACCUUGAUUUAUUGGAAUGAAUCAYAUAUGGUUACUAUUUAAAAUAAUUUAUGUGGUAUAUUUCUCAUUUAGAUACCUGCGUAAUAGGGGCGUUGCUCAAUAUAAUAGUGUGUUGUGUACCUCUGACUGAAACUGUAUUUCAAUUUGGUGCUUCRUUCUAAAUAUAAUCAUUAUUUACAGUGCUUGCCAAUUAACAACAUGCAAAAUAAUACAAUUUGCCGUCACAACAAAGCAGGCWUUUAGUGGACGUCAUUCAUAGUGUUUCCAUAACAUCGCCCUAAAACACACUUUUUUCAAGAGCCUUGAUUGACCACCAACUAAACCUACUUUUUGCAACGGCAAUUU